UGGGGCGCUGCCGGGGCCGGGCGCGGAGCCCGACCCCGGCCCUGGCGGCUCGGGGCGCAGAAGGAGGAGAGCUCCCUGCGGGCGGCGGCGCUAGCGGGGGGGCCGGGGCGGCAGAGCCCUCCCCCUUGGCGCCGAGGUGCGCUCGGCGGCAUGUGCUGAAGUGCCCCGCAAAAGCCGCACAAGUUGCCUGCGCGGCACGGCACCGGCGUCCGGGCGGCGGAGAGAGCCAGCAGCCGGCGACUCCUGCCCGAUCCCGUCCUGUGUCCCCCCACCCCCGGCCCGGGCGGCGCUCCCCGGCGGGGCUGCCGGCAGCCAGGGUGAUGUGGAUCUUCGGGAAGUGAGAGGCGGUGUGGCGACGCGUUUCUUCUGGGCCGAGGGCCCCCCUGCCUCGGAGCCUCCCAUGCUUUCGAGGCCCCCUCGGGGGGCGACGGCCCCACGGGAGGUGGGGGCGGCGCUACCGUGAUGGCCCUGGAGGAGAAGCGGGAGAGACGUCCACCCGUCACCCCCAUGAUGAUCGAGGAGGAGGCCGCCCUGCGGAACGGCAGCCGGGGUCUCACGCCGGGUCCCUGGGCCGAGGCGGCGGGGCCGAGACCCCGCACCACGGAGCGGCACAUCGCUGUGCACAAGCGUCUGGUGUUGGGCUUCGCCGUCUCCAUCCUGGCGCUGCUGGCGGUGACCAUGAUUGCCGUGCUGCUCAGCGUCCGCUUCGAGGAGUGCGGCACCGCCGCCGACAGUCCACCGCGGGCCAGCGGCAACGGGAGCUUCCCUGGGGCCGCCCGACAGCCGCCCGAUGUAGGGCAGCCCCCCGGCCGGCCAGAGGAGGAAGCGCGGGGCGGGGAAGCGGCGGCGGAGGAGGAGGAGGACGACGAGGAGGAGGAGUGGCAGCGGCGGCGGGAGCUGCCGCCCUGGGCCCGGCCACGGCUGCCGCGACACCUGCGACCGCUUCACUACAACCUGAUGCUGAGCGUCUUCAUGGAGAACUUCACCUUCAGCGGGGAGGUGAACGUGCAGCUGGAGGUGCUCAACGCCAGCCGCUACAUCGUGCUGCACGCCCACCGCAUGCACAUCGAGGCGGUCCGCGUGGCCGAAGACAAGCCGGCCGGCGGUGUGCGGGUGGCCCGCACCUUCUUCCACCCUCAGACGCAGGUCUUCGUGGUCGUCCUCAACCGCAGCCUGGAGGCGCAGAAAAGUUACAAUCUCAAGAUCAUCUACAACGCCCUAAUCGAGAACGAGCUGCUUGGCUUCUUCCGCAGUUCCUACGUCCUUCACGGCGAGAGAAGGUUCCUGGCUGUUACACAGUUCUCUCCCACUCACGCCAGAAAAGCCUUCCCCUGCUUCGAUGAGCCUAUCUACAAGGCCACUUUCAAAAUCAGCAUCAAGCAUCAGGCAACUUACCUGUCUUUGUCCAACAUGCCAGUGGAAACUUCUGUUUUUGAAGAAGAUGGAUGGGUUACAGAUCACUUCUCACAGUCCCCUCUCAUGUCCACCUAUUACCUAGCCUGGGCAGUCUGCAAUUUCACCUACCGGGAGAGCGUCACCAAGAGCGGAGUGGUUGUGCGGUUGUAUGCGAGACCCGAUGCAAUCCGAAGAGGAUCAGGGGACUAUGCCCUAAACAUUACAAGGAGGCUGAUUGAAUUUUAUGAAGAUUAUUUUAAAGUGCCCUAUUCUCUGCCAAAAUUAGAUCUGUUAGCUGUGCCUAAGCAUCCAUAUGCUGCUAUGGAGAACUGGGGACUGAGUGUUUUUGUGGAGCAAAGGAUACUGCUAGAUCCAAGCAUUUCUUCUAUAUCAUACCUACUGGAUGUCACCAUGGUCAUUGUUCAUGAGCUGUGCCAUCAGUGGUUUGGUGACCUGGUGACUCCAGUCUGGUGGGAGGAUGUGUGGUUGAAGGAAGGUUUUGCUCACUACUUUGAGUUUGUUGGGACUGACUACCUCUACCCAGGCUGGAACAUGGAGAAGCAGAGAUUUCUGACUGAUGUCCUCCAUGAAGUGAUGCUGCUGGAUGGCUUGGCCAGUUCACAUCCAGUAUCCCAGGAGGUGCAGCAAGCCACAGACAUCGACAGGGUGUUUGACUGGAUCGCCUAUAAAAAGGGUGCAGCUCUCAUUCGAAUGCUGGCCAGCUUCAUGGGUCACUCUGUGUUUCAGAUGGGCUUACAAGACUAUUUAACCAUUCACAAGUAUGGCAAUGCAGCCAGAAAUGAUCUCUGGAACACACUCUCAAAGGCUUUAAAAAGGGUUGGAAAGUCUGUGAAUAUCCAAGAAGUGAUGGACCAGUGGACCCUGCAGAUGGGCUACCCUGUGCUCACUGUGCUGGGGAACGAAAGCACAGACAGCGCCGUCGUGAUCUGCCAGCAGCGCUUCGUUUACGACCGCGACGCUAAGCCCAAGGAUGCUGCUCCCACAGACAACAGCUACUUGUGGCAGAUUCCAUUAACAAUUGCAGUAGGAAAUUCGAGCCACAUCUCAUCAGAGGCAAUUAUAUGGGUGUCUAACAAAUCAGAGCACCACAGAAUUCCUGCUUUGGAAGAGGCAAGUUGGUUGCUGGGGAACAUCAACCAGACUGGAUACUUCAGAGUCAAUUACGAUACUAGGAACUGGAGGCUGCUAAUUAAUCAGCUAACAAGGAACCACGAGGUUAUCUCUGUCAGCAAUCGAGCAGGCUUGAUCGAUGACGCGUUCAAUCUAGCCAGAGCUGGUUAUUUACCUCAGAACAUCCCUUUGGAGCUUAUCAGAUACCUUUCAGAGGAGAAGGACUUCCUGCCCUGGCACGCCGCCAGCCGAGCGCUCUACCCGCUGGACAAGCUGUUGGACCGCACAGACAACUACAACAUCUUCAAUGAGUACAUUUUACAGCAAGUCGCAUCGAUGUACCUCAAGCUUGGAUGGCCAACGAAUAACUUAAACAAGUCCCUUGUUCAGGCUUCCUACCAGCAUGAGGAGCUGCGCCGGGAGGUGAUCAUGCUGGCCUGCAGCUUUGGGAACAAGCACUGUCACCAGCAGGCUGCCACCCUCAUCUCUGACUGGAUUUCCAGCAACAGGAACAGGAUCCCACUCAACGUGAGAGACAUUGUCUACUGCACUGGUGUCUCGCUGAUGGAUGAGGAUGUCUGGGAGUUCAUUUGGAUGAAGUUUCACUCCACCACAGCUGUGUCUGAGAAGAAAAUACUCUUAGAAGCCUUAACUUGCAGUGAUGACAGAAACUUGCUUAACAGGCUUCUGAAUUUGUCUCUCAACUCAGAAGUUGUCCUGGAUCAGGAUGCAAUUGAUGUGAUAAUCCAUGUAGCUCGAAAUCCACAUGGGAGGGAUCUUGCCUGGAAGUUUUUCAGAGAGAAAUGGAAAAUCCUAAAUUCCAGGUAUGGAGAAGCAUUAUUUAUGAAUUCAAAGCUUAUCAGUGGAGUCACAGAGUUCCUCAAUACUGGAGAAGAGCUGAGAGAGCUGAAGAACUUCAUGAAGAGCUACGAGGGGGUUGCUGCUGCCUCUUUCUCCCGUGCUGUGGAAACAGUGGAAGCCAACGUGCGGUGGCAGAGGCUUUACAAGGAGGAACUCUUCCAGUGGCUGAGGAAGUCCUUGACACAUUAAUCUGCCUUUCCAGCCACCCCUGUGACACCAUGCUCUGCGAGGGGGAGGAGGAGAAGGCAUUUUUGGCAGCAUUGAAUGUGAAGACAAGAUCAGAUUGCAGGGAUAAAGGAAUUUUUUCCCCUUUCCAUUUUCCUUUGGGGUUUUUUUAAUUGUUGGGAUUUAUUUGUUUCUAUUUUUUUUAACACUGAGCUCUUGCAAAACUGUCAAGAAGCUUUUCAGAAAGAGAAGACCACGAAUUCUUGUCCAACCCCAGUCCUCAGUGUGUGCACUGCCAACCCUGAUAUUAAGUGGUGCAUGUCAGUGUUGAAGAGAAACAAACCAAACCCUUCCAAGACUCCUUUGUGCAUGCUUGUGCCGUCCCUGCCUGUAUUCUAGCAUGCUUAUGUAUAACAGCCACAUUCGGGAUGUGAGUUGCAGUUGCAUCAGAUAUGGGCAUUAGACAAAGCACAAAGACUCACCUAUGACAAUCAGCAUUUGCCAUGGACCACCUGAAAGCCAGGACGAGGGAACGCAGAAGGCUUCCAGCCUGGGGCAGUGUGAGAUGUGAAUCACCUCUCCCGCUAGCUGCCGGUUAGUCUGGCACUCGGAUUGGCUCCUGGUCUCGCUUCUUUGGGUUGCUGGUUUUACCUGCAAGUCUCCACAUUCCUGUAUUUAAAGAGAGAGAGAGAGAGGAGAAAGGCAAAUGGGUGAGGAAGGAGGUGGGGAGAGAGAAACCAAGAAGGGCAUCAGCUGUACACUGUUAUCAGUGCACCGUGGAACAGCGUAGCUCUAGCUGUGAGCAUCGCGGCUGUUGGAGGGGGACUUGGCACCGACUGCACAGAGUCCAUGAGCCACCUCUGCUUGGCUGUGGUACAGGGCAGUGGUACUCAGGAGGGGGUUGUGGGGUCGCCUGACCUGUGCUGUCGUAACUUAUGCAGCUGACAGUGCACAAAUACUAGAAACAAACACACGAGUCAGAUGGAACCAGCCAGAAGGGAGCAAAUCUCGCAUGCAACCACCUGGAGUCACCUGGGAGGGCUGUCUGGCGUGUGGUAGAGCAGCCUCUCCAGCAACUGAUUGUGCUGGACAGGUCACCUUCUCCAUGUGGACAGCACUUUGCUAAUAUGGCAUGUCCUUGUGCAAUUAUGGGCUGUACCAAUGAUGUCAACUUAGGUGCAACAGGGGCAAGGAGAGGAUGUGUGUGUUGGUUGGUGCUAGCCAAUACCAAGAACGCUCUUUCCUGUCUCCCUGUGCCCACAUCUGCUGCUGUAGAUGGGUGCUGCUUUCCUUUACCAUGUGUUUGCUUUUACUUUCUCAGUCCUUAACCCAAAACCUCAGUGACACAGUGGACCUGCUGCUGCUUGUACAGUCAGUGUGCACCAUUGGUGCUAAGUGUUGAGGGUAAAACAGGCAGAGGCCAAAUACUCUCCCGUGCCUACACCCUGGACAAAAAGCUCCACAGAACGACAGAGACAGACUGCAGCAGCUUCAGAGAGGGAACUUGGACGUGCAGCUGUGUUUCUUUGUCCCAUCCCAGCCUGUGACAACCACCUGAGCACAUGAUGGCCCUGUGCAUGGGGAGCGUGCGGGCAGCCAGAGCAGAGAGCAGCCAGACAAGGUGCGGCAGCCACCAGCACGCUUCACAGCUGCCUACCCCCUCUAGCUUGUGAGUGCAGCCUCAGUGCCAAAAGAAAGAGACACUUCCAGCUUCAGCUGUCCUCAGCAUUGUGUGGACACACAUCUUUCCCUGGGCUCUCAAUCCCACAGUACUCUGCUUCUCAAGACCUGGCAGAGCCACCCCAUCAGUAAGCUGUGGUACCCACUGUGACCCAGUCAUUUGGUGUCUUUCCUGUGUUUGUGGGUUAGGCACACCUCGGGUGGGAAUUUGCUCCACUCUUGGGGGAGUGUUGCUCCACUACUCUUGGUGCUGUGUAGAUCCACAUAUAAGCAAAAGAAGAGGGAAUCCUGUGCCCUUGUGCUGUUACCUUCACAGAAUUAACCAGGGUGGAAAAGAGCUCCGAAAUCAGCGAGGCUUUGCCUUGCAGGGAGCCCUAAACCCUUGUGCUCCAUGCGAUGCUACCUGAGCCCAUGGCCCGUGUCGAAGCAGAGCGAAAUCCUCCUCCUGUGUCUUUUACCUACCUCACAGGGGUGUUGUGGGGCUUGCCUAGCAUCAGCAAAGCACUUGGCUCUCCUCUGGUGAAAGGCAUUGGAAUGUGCAGUGUUACUCUGUGUGGUGGAUCAAACGCCAGCCUCAGUGCCAGGAGUGUAGCGUCGCAGUUUGAGCUUCUGCUGAAGGAAAUCACCUGAAGAACAACCACCUGCAGCUGUGUUAACACAGAAAGGCAAGCCAAGGGAUGUCUGGGAGAGCCACUGCCCUCUAAUGAAGGCCAAAUUUAUGCUACCCAAAGAGUGUGCAGGAGCCCAGGCUCUCAAACAUGAGGUGUUCAGAGUGUUUGUCCCUUUGCAGGUUUAUUCAAGGCUGUCAGCACAGAAUUGCAGUCAGCCAGGCUGGGAGAGACCUCCAAGCUCAGCCAGCCCAACCUAUCCCUUAACCCUCCUAAUUAUCUAACUCAUGGCACCAGUGCCUCAUGCAGCCUCCUCUUAAACACCUCCAGGGAUGGGGACUCCACCACCUCCCUGGGCAGCCCAUUCCAAUGCCAAUCACUCUUCCCAGGAAGAACUUCCUCCUAACACCCAGCCUGAACCUGCCCUGGCACAGCUUGAGGCUCUGUCCCCUUCUUCUGUUGCUGGCUGCCUGGCAGCAGAGCCCAACCCCACCUGGCUACAGCCUCCCUGCAGGCAGCUGCAGACAGCAAUGAGCUCUGCCCUGAGCCUCCUCUGCUGCAGGCUGCACACCCCCAGCUCCCUCAGCCUCUCCUCACAGGGCUGUGCUCCAGGCCCCUCCCCAGCCUCGCUGCUCUUCUCCAAACACCUUCCAGCACCAUCCCUUCCUUUUCUCUUCAGCACCACAGAUUAAAGCACAUAUCUCCAGGGCACAGCCAGCAGUUGCUGCUCUCUGCACUGAUAAAGGGCAGGCUACCAAUCCCUGUUCCAAAGUCCAAGUUGCUUUCACUCCCUCUGUUCUGCACAGCACUCAGACAUUUCCAGCAUUGCUCAUUUGAAGCUCUUGCACAUUUAGCUGCUGUUGGAUGUAAAUGGACGUUUCAGUGGCCUUGACAAAUGGCCUGCAACAGGAAUCAAGCCCUAAAUGUACCUAUCACACACAGCUAUUGCUGUACCACUUAGAACUGUUGUGCUGUGGCUCUGCUGCAGCGGAGGUGGAGCUGCCCUCCCCGUGACAAUUCUGCCCCUCCUCUAGGCCUGGUAUUUUGUGUUUUGCUGUUUCUCAUCGACUCAGGAUUAAAUUGAAAUGGAUUAAAUGCAACAGAGCUAUCACUUUUUGUUCCUACACUCUCCACCCCCCUUGGAUUUAAUUAUGUACCUUUAGAAACCUUUUUUUUUUCUCUCCUUCACUAACUUCCACACUGCUGUGAGUUAAGGAAUAGUUGAUACCUUGUGGGAAACUCUAAAGCAAUGUGUUUAGAAAAACCUCUUUGUCUUACUGAUUUUCUUCUCUUCCUCUGUCCCUAGGGAAAGUCCAGCCUUGUUUCUGUAAUUGGGAUUGUGACUAGGAAGCCUGGAAUCCACUCUUGGCAUUAUUUCUUUGGAUCUAGGAGUUAACUUUGUCCUGUCUAAUGAGAGGAGGUGCUGCAAAGUGCGGAUCUAGCCUGGACAUGGACCUCACUCAGUCCUGGGCAGUGCUUUGUAGAGGUUUGGUGGGGCCAGCAUCUCUAAUCGGCCUUUGUGUGAGUCAGCAUCUUCUGCAGUUAUUAAUUGAUGUGGCUUAGUAAGUCAUGUAGGAGCUCCUCUUCUUUGAGAGAGUCAGAGUUACUCGGUUUGGAGAGGAGAAGGCACCCAGGAGACCUUAUUGUGGCCUUCCAGUAUCUGUAGGAGGCUACAAGAAUGUUGGGGAGGGACUUUUUAAGGUGUCAGGUAGUGACAAGACUGGAGAGAAUGGAUCCAAGCUAGAGGAGGGGAGAUUCAGAUUGGAUGUUAGGAAGAAGUUCUGCACCAUGAAGAUGAAUGGGGGGCUUGAGCAUCUCCCCUCUGGAGAGAGCCUGAGAGCCCUGGGGCUGUUCAGUCUGCAGGAGAGAAGGCUGAGAGGGGAUCUGAGCAAUGUCUAUCAAUAGCUGAGGUGAAGUGGAGGGGGCCAAGCUCUUGUGGGUGGUGCACAGCAAGAAGCCAAGCAGCAAUGGAUGCAAACUGGAACAGAGAAGGUUUCAGCUCCACAGAGGAGAAAGUUCUUUGGAGUGAGGGUGCCAGAGCCCUGGAGCAGGCUGCCCAGAGAGGCUGUGGAGUCUCCUUUGUAGAGCCUUUCCAAACCUCCCUGGACUACCCCAGGGAAUCCUGCUUUGACAGGGGGGUUGGACUCAGAGAUCCCUGGAGGUCCCUUCCAACCUCUGUGAUUCUGUGAUGAGACACUGGCACAGCUUGCCCAAGGAGGUGGUGGAAGUAUCAUCCCUGGAGGUGUUUAAGGCCAUGCUGGAUGUGGCUCUGGGCUCUGUAAGGUGUCCCUGCCAAUGGCAGGGGGGUUGGAACUGAAUGAUCCUUUUGGUCCCUUCUGGCCCUGCCAAUUGUGUGACUCUUUGAUCAGCCUUUGUAUGGCUCAGGAUCUUUGGCAGCUAUGAAUUGCUGUGGCUUUAUUAAACCAACUGAGGAAGACACAUGAAUAAUCCUCAUUUUAUCUCUGUUGCAAAAAUACCUUCUGCAUUCUUAUGCCAUUUGCUCCCUGCAACAGUCUCAGGCUAUGCCUUUGGAGCUGGCAGAACUAUUCAUGGACCCUGUGCUAAUAUUUGUCCAAGUGAUUGUGUCUGGGGCAGAACAAUGUGAAAACACUCUGCCCAAAUUAAAUGUCACUUCUGCUAUUACUGCCUGGACUUGGGCAUUGAUUUUGAUGAACAAAAAAAAAACCAACCACCUUCAGGUGUCCUAAAGCACCUCCAAAUUUAUGACUUUUAAUUAUCUCUGCAGUGUGUGCAGCCAGAAAUCCUGAUGCUGUGUUGGAAACUGAAGAUGGCUUUUGGGCUGUUGUGUUUCAGUGAGCUUUGUGGUGUCGAAGUAUCUCCAGUGAUGGGGAAGGAGGAGGCUGCUUUUAGAGCAGAGAUGGUGAACCUUGCAAUUAAAUCCUGCUUAGUAAUGAAUUAAAUAA